AUGCCUAAGGAAGUCCAAACCAAGCAGGCCCUGCACCUGGAGGUCAUCCACUUCGCCCCCGGGCAGAUGUUCAGCAGCCGGCUGCUGGCAGAGAGGGUAUUUGGCCUGCUCCUCGGACCCCAGUACAGCGAACCCACGGGCAGCAAUCAGCUCGCCCAGAUCCGGGAGCGCGCAAGUGUAAUUUUAUCCCGAAUAUUCGACCUUUGCCUCGCGCGGGCCGCAACUUUUGCCGCGCUGGAUGACUGGGACCUCGGCUGGCAGAUCGUGGCCGGGGACCUAGCGGAGAACUACAAGUGCGUCAUGGGAGCUGGGGAGCUGAAGGAGUUAGUGACCUUGUUCGCCGACGCCCGCGUCCGGUUCCUCGACAGUCCCCGGGCCAACAGACCCCACGCGUCCCCCGACAAGCUCGCGAACUUGAUCGACCGGUGGCUGGAAGCCACGCUGCACGACGCCGCCGCCAUCUCGCCGCACCCCCCGGCGUCACCCUCAUUGUUGCCCGCGCGCCCCGCCCCGCUCGAGAACCUCUUCGCAGGCUUCAGCCUGCACACUCACGGAGCCUCGCCCGCCGCUGCCACCGCCGCCGGCCCUACCGCAACCGACUGGCCCCCGUCCCACCUCCCCGCUGCCGACCGUCACCUCCUGGACCACUUCAAGGUCCGUGCGCAGCUCGCCGGCGUCUGCUGGGACACCAAGGGCGAGAUGCCGAACCUCCCCGACGACAAGUCCCCCCCGCUGGCCCUGCGCCUGUUUCUCGGCUGGCUCGCCGCAGCACACACACCCCCUCCGGCAGCAACAACGACACCGACGACCGCCCCGCCCUUCGCGCUGUUUGCCGCCCCCGUCGCCUUUGCCGACAACCGCGAGCGGCAGGCCUGGUUCCGGCCCUCGGGCUGUCAAUCCAAGCUGUUCGGCCACGUGGAGGGUUUCCUGGCCUACGCGGCCGACAACUUCGCCGCCGGCAAGACGAUGGUUCUCGGCCUGCUCACGCCCGUGCUGCGGCGGUUCGGGGCCGCCCUGAUGCUGCGCCUCGUGGAGCGCGGGGGCGUCCGCGGGGUGCAAGUGGUGUUUUUCUGCCCCUGGGACGAGCACCCGUGGAUCAAGGAGCAGUGGCGGCUGCAGGACUGGCGGCUGCGGCUGUGGAAGAGCGCCGUGCUGGACGCGGUGGAUGCGUGGGCGGCGAAGCAUGGCGUCGUCAUCCACGAGGGGUACUCCAGCGGCUCGAUCCGCGUGCCCAGAGACCGCGACCACGAUUCAGUGGGCAUGUGUGCGGGUUGGCUGCUGCGCGUGGUGACGGCCACGCAGAAGACGAUCCCCGGUGAUGGGGAAGAUGAAGAGUGGGAGUGGGAGGAGACGUGCCAUUUCAGAAAGCUGGAAAACUGGGCUAAGGUGGAGGAAGACAUUGAGGAGGAUGAGAAGAUGGAGGUAGACGCGGAAACUUAA